UGGGUUUAGAACGUGCAACUAACCAAGCAGGGGGGCACGCAUGUGCCCUCCUCCAUCAACGGUCCAGAUUCAUCGAUACCAAUAAUUGAACGGCGGCCCAUACACACAACAUAUUCUGUAUAUGAUAUAUCCUCUCCAUUCCCCAACACUCUAUCUUUCAUCUCCACCCCUCUUUAAAUCCCCAGAUUUAGGUUUAAAGUUUAAACCUCUUCUGCGGAUUCUUCAAAUGGAGAUGACAAGAUUAAUGGCGGUUGUUGCUCUGAUUUUGGCAUUGGGGUUUCCUUCCAUUAACGCCCAAGUCUCCGCUCCGGCGCCUGCGCCCACAAGCGAUGGAGUGGCGAUUGAUCAAGGAAUAGCAUAUGUUCUUAUGCUUGUGGCUCUGGCAAUUACCUACAUUAUUCAUUAAGCAGUGGGGGAUGGAUGUAAUUCUAGUCUCUAGAGGAGUUGACACUGGCAUUUUGAUUGUUUUAGAGUAUUGAUUUGAUCUGAUAUUCUAUUAGUUUUUGACUUCCAAAAACUCGGAUUUCAGUUUCCAUGUGUUCAGAAUUUCUUGGUAAAUUGUAAACUUCUUUAUCUGUUUUACUUGCAUUUCUUCAGAAUUUUCCCCUUCUUUUUACCAUGUGUAUAUGUUUUUUUUUUUUUUUUUUUUUCAACUCUUGUAUGAUUAUUGUUCAGAUUAUGCAUGAAUUUGAACGAAGUUCAGUAAAUCUUUUAAUGCUUUUGGACC